UGUCUUCUAAGGGUCCGUCUUCACUAUGGGCUAAAGUCGAGUUAAGAUACGCAACUUCAGCUGAAAUACAUUAACUCGGUUUUUGGCACUGUUCACCCAGGAAGAAGUCAAAGGAAGAACACUCUUCCUUCAAUUUCACUUAUUCAGGAAAUGAGGGUUACAGAAAUCAGAGUAAGAAGCCCGUUAUUUCAAAUUUUUUUCAAAAUAAUGGGCUUGCUAUUUUGUGGACAUCCAGCUAACUAAAAUAACAUGAGUUACUUCCAAAUAAAUGUGCACUGUAGAUAUAGCCUUAGAGACCAGCAAGCAGUGAAAGUGCUGGUAAUGUUGCUAAGCAUAAACAUGUUUUUAUGCUUUAUCUACUUAUUUCCUUAUGCCAAUACAAUAAAAUUGUGUAAUAAUACUAAUGCUUUGUUAUGAAGAGAACUUUUGCUAGGUGUAGGCUUACAUAGGAUGAAUCACUGCAGUCUCACAUUAUUAAGCAACAUUGCAAGCGCUGUUCUAUUUAUUUGUGUUUGUGAAAUAAAAAUAGACCAACUCACUACAAUAUUAACCUCCUAUAGUUCGGCAAAUUCUCUGGUUUGGCACCAGUCAGGUCCCAAGGAUGCCAGACUAGAGAGGUUCAACUUGUAGUUUAACUGGGUCAAAGGCUAAGAAAAUACAAUAGAAUUUCUGAGAUAAGGACAUUUUGGGAAUGGAGAUUGUAACUCUGAAAUGUUUGUAGCUCUGAACAAAAUGGAGCUCCAGCUCCAGCCGUUCACAUUAUGGGCAAGGUUCCAGAGGCAGAGGGGCAGCUUCUUUGCAGACAGCUUCUUUCCUGAACCAGGCAAACUUGUCCCUCUCUUGGUGGGGUAGAUGGGUGGGAGGGGGGAUAGCGGUAAAAACUGCAUUCUCCUCUUCAUAGCCGGGGGAGAGGUGUGUGAAAGCAGCACCCACAACUUACAGGAAAGGCACGCAAACCCCAAUAUUGCUUCUGCUCCGCUGCCUUGGGCCUGCAAUGGUAAAUCUCUAUAUCUUCAACUCCUAGCUAUUAGUGGGUGCUCUGCAUGAGGGAGGGGUAGUAGAGUGCAGAUAGGCAGUCCAGAUAUGCCUACCUUUAAGAUGUAAUACAGGCACAGUACGGCAUUUGGUUUAAAAACAUUUUUGUCUCUACUCCUGCCUUACUGGUUACUUUGUUUCACAUGGUGUCCAGUUGACCAGUAAGUCUCUAACUCUGGUAUUCCUAGAUCUGUAACUCUGGAAUUCCUUCUUUGAGAUUCCUCUGUAGAAGAGUAGGUGGGACCGAGGGUCAAAAUUUUGCUAAAUAUGAUGUUGUAGUGCAGGAAAUUGAAGGAGAUAAAAAUAUCAGAUUAUUUUCUGAGUAGUGUGAAAUGUGCUCCUCAAGAUGACACACACAUAAAUGGCUGUCACUUCUUGGGCUUGACAGACAAGGUAUUUGCCGUUCAGUUCACAGUACUUUCUACUAGUCUUUUGUUCCAGGGAUUAAGGUCGAAUAUUAUUAAUCAGUAGUCCAGUGAAAAUGAAUUAAUUAUUUAUUAAGAGAAACUGUACCUUGAAUGUAAAAGAGUUUCAGAAGCAAAAGUGAGGGCAUAGUGUUCAUGUUCUGGGCCCUGACAAGAUCUGAAGCAAGUCUGUUUGCUUUUGAGCACUGUAGAAAUAGGCCAAUCUUCAGACCCUUGAAUUAACCAAUAUCUUUCCUUUCAUAUUAUAUUACAUUAGUUUUCAUUCCUAUUAUAUUACACAUUCUGGAUUUGAAUGACCCUUUUGUAUUGGUGAAACAGACAAAACAUUUUAAUUCACGGGAUGUAUUAGGUACUGGGUUCAUAAGAGGAAUUUAAUGUUGAAUUUUUUGUUCUCUGCGCAGUAGUCAGACUUGUUCUUAAUCCUCCAUUUAAUAACUUGACUAUAAUAAGACUCAAAAAUGUCUUCAUCUUUCCCAACUUUUUUCCACAGCUGGAAAAACAUCAGUAGAUUAGAACCAUUUGUCUCCAGGGACACCCAAAUAAUAAAAUACAGAGCUCACAAAAUGGACUAUGUCCAAAAUUUUGAGUCCAUGCUUCCAGAAUGAAUGUUACUGCUUAUUCAUUGUCAUUUCUUUGCCUGUGCCAUGUAGUUUCAUUAUAUUCAUGAAGAUAAUGUAGUUUUGUCUACUAUGAGCACAUUGGAAAAUGCAAACCAGUGCAAGGUAAAAAAGCUAGCUAACAAUUUGUACAGGGCAAAAUUAGGAUACAUUGGUGCAAGCAGGCACAGUACCACAGAAAUGUCAGGAGUAGUCCAACAUAGUCAAUGAGAAUUGCUCAGUCCCUAAAAUAACCAGCCAUCUUUUCCAGUGGUGCUAAUCAUUACAUCAGACUGAGUGGUUGAUUGGUUUCAGCAUGAACAAACACAGUUGCAAUGACCUCAGUGAAUUUGUACCUGCUUUUGUAAUAGCUGAAUUUUGCACUAUGCUAUUCGUUUUUUGAACUGAGUAGAUUACAUGUUCAUAGAUUUGGGGAAAUAACUCUUAAACUUGUGUGCCUUGCAAACUGUUUGACAAAUAGGAAGAGGUAGAGUGCACAAAAAAAAAAGACCAGCAUGGAUGAGCUUCCUAUAACAAAGGGACCAUGGGACUUAAGCAGCCAUGGCCCAUAGUGUUUGCGAAAGAGCUCCAAUAGGAGAGACGGAGGGAGUCCCACACCAGAAUAUCCCAUAGCUCAGUGAUUCAACUGCUCUCUCAAGAGAAGAGAGUCCCUGAUGCAAAUCCCACAGCCAAGUCCCUGUCUAGGGAUGACCAGAACGACUCAUUGGAGAAGGAACAUGAGGAGGACGCUGAAGAGAUGUUCCUGUAAAGCCAGAAUCUCUGUGGGUCUCAGGACUCUGAUGCCAGCUAGGCAGAAGUCAAGCCUGAUUCCUGCUUUGCAGCUGCCAAUGCUGAUUCCCAAUCAGCAACCCAGACCAGGACUGAGGAGACGGUUCCUAUGAUGGGAACCUCAGCAUGUUUAUAAGACUCUCCCAUGACUGCAUUCAAGCAUCUAUUAAACAGAAGUGGGAGAACAGAGCAAGCAUUCCAGGCAUCUUCUGCUGGAACUUUAUCUGCUCACAGCUUUACAACGAUGACAGAUCCAGGAAAGACUUCCACUGCCCCUACAGGGGAUUUUCAAGCAGCGACUAAACCAAAGACUGUGUCUGACAACGGAAAAGGAGAACUUGAAGAAGAAUGGGAGCCUCGGCAAUACCAUCUGAUUCGAAGUGAUGCCAUCCAGCAACUGAAAGGAAAAGGGGAACAACCUUACCCACACAAAUUCAAUACUGACACUACCCUUGGUGAAUUCAUUGAGAAAUUCAGCUACCUCUCUGAUGGACAGAACCUUCCUGACAAUCACAUAUCUCUGGCAGGACGAAUUCAUGCCAAGAGGUCUGCUGGUGCAAAGCUCUUCUUCUAUGAUCUCCGAGGAAAUGGAGUUAAAUUACAAGUUAUGGCCAAUGCUAAAUGUUUUAAGUCUGAAGACCUUUUCACUAAAACCAUAGAUAAGCUGCGGCGAGGAGACAUAAUAGGAGUUGUGGGAUAUCCUGGUAGAACCAAGCAUGGAGAGCUUAGCAUCAUAUCUACAGAAAUAAUUCUGCUGUCACCAUGUUUGCAUAUGCUGCCUCAUCUUCAUUAUGGACUCAAAGAUCAGGAAACCAGAUAUCGUCAACGUUACCUGGAUUUGAUUAUGAAUGAGAAUGUGAGACAGAAAUUUAUUACCAGGAGUAAAAUUAUUACUUAUUUACGAAACUUCCUGGAUAAUCUUGGAUUUCUUGAGGUGGAGACUCCGAUGAUGAACAUGAUAGCAGGUGGUGCAGCAGCCAAACCUUUUAUCACACAUCACAAUGAGCUCAACAUGGACCUGUACAUGAGGAUAGCUCCUGAACUCUACCACAAGAUGCUAGUAGUUGGAGGUCUAGAGAGGGUAUAUGAAGUUGGACGUCAGUUCAGAAAUGAAGGAAUUGAUCAAACCCACAAUCCAGAAUUCACUACGUGUGAGUUCUACAUGGCUUAUGCAGAUUACAAUGAUCUCAUGGACAUCACUGAACAGCUGCUGUCAGGCAUGGUGAAGCAUGUGACAGGUAGCUACAAGAUCGCUUACCAUCCAGACGGCCCUGAGGGAAAGGCAGUAGAAAUUGACUUCAGUCCUCCUUUUAGACGAGUCAGCAUGAUGAAAGAACUGGAGAGAGUCACGGGAGAGAAACUGCCAGCACCAGAAAGUCUGGAUACUGAGGAAGCCCGACAGUUCCUUGACAAGCUAUGUUUGAAGAAGGGAAUCCAAUGUACUCCUCCUCGGACUACAGCAAGGCUUCUAGAUAAGUUGGUAGGUGAGUUUAUUGAAGUUUCCUGCAUCAACCCCACCUUUAUUUGUGACCACCCCCAGAUCAUGAGUCCUCUGGCUAAAUGGCACCGUUCACAGAAAGGCCUGAGUGAACGUUUUGAACUCUUUGUGAUGGAAAAGGAAAUUUGCAAUGCUUACACUGAGCUCAAUGAUCCAAUGAGGCAGCGAGAGCUUUUUAAGGACCAAUCUAAGGCUAAAGCAGCAGGUGAUGAAGAAGCCAUGAGUGUUGAUGAAAACUUCUGCUUAGCAUUGGAAUAUGGACUUCCACCCACUGCUGGCUGGGGGAUAGGAAUUGACCGUCUUGCUAUGUUCCUCACUGACUCCAACAACAUUAAGGAGGUUCUGCUCUUCCCAGCAAUGAAGCCAUGUGAAAACAAACCGUAAUAAGAGAAAUAAGAGAACUGAAGUACAAUUUCGAGGUAAAAGGUGAAAAACCAACCUAAUGAUAUCUGUGUAAAUUUCACAUGGAAAUUUACAAAACCAUAGUGACAACUUGUUAAAGAAAGAUAUAUUAAUGCAGAAGUACUCCACUGCAACAAUGUAGCUUUUUACUAAUAGCAUGGACUAAUAACAUAACUACAUAUUUUAUAAGGAGAAAGUACUGUAUAGGGAAAGCAACUUUUUCAACUUAGAAUGCACAGUCAAAGCUAGCGGGCAUAAAAUUAGAUCUGCCAGUUGCAUGUGUGUGAUGUUUUUCUUUUGCUGUGGCUAUCUGAUCUGUACUUGUACUGACAAUAAAACCCCUGGAGAGCAAGUCUCUUAUAAACAUUGAUAAUGUGCCUCCUUGUAAGAAUAGAACAGAUAGGCACAAGUAGGGAAGCAUUAUAUGCAACUCAGUAGCUUGCCCAUGAAAAAUUGUGUCUAUGGUUUACUUGUUGUCACUGUCAUGUGAUAAUGUAAGAGUGAUGUGAAGAUUCUGAAAUAAAACCGAAUGUUAAAAGUUGGGAAGACAAUGUGAAAGAGGCUGACUCCACUGCUUUCAGUGAAGUGACCCGAGGGAUGACUUCAGACCACUGCUUUUAUGCUUGAAGUGACCCUUUCAAGAUUGACAAGCAUAUACUGUUACCUACCAUCACAGUCAUUAAAGUUACCUCAUGGUGGAAUCUCAGAAUCACAAUUAUCCCCUAUACUUGGACCAGGACAGCUGUAGAAACAGCUGGCAAAAAUUCAAUUUAAUGGUUUCUGUGGGUAAAAUUGAAUUGUGGGGUUCUUGGUCUUGAUAUGCUUCCUUUAAGGAAUAAAGGAAAUGAGUCCAACUUCUAAGGAUCAGUUCAAUAAAAGAGAUUACUUCAGCUAACUUCUCCCUCUAAUACUGUGGGACCAACAUACCUACAAGAACCUGCAAACAAUUUAUCCUCCAUCACUCCGCUGAAGUUCAUAGGUGUGAAUUUCGUUUGGUCAGUCUUAGUUGAUAUUACUAACCAUGUAAUCUGUCUCUUGUCUUCAAUAUAACCAAACUCUGUUUCAUAUAAGCAGGUAAAAUCUAACAUUUUCUUGUUAAUUAGAUUAGUAUCAGUUGCUGUACACCUAUGAUUUGUGUCCAUUAUUUUCUAUGCAUGCAAUUAUUAUGAAGGAGGUGAGGUUGCUCUGUAUUAAUUCAGGAAUACUAUAUUUGCUCUAUAGUUGGCCAAUUGCUGCUGUAAGGGAUGUUUUCUGUCUGACUAGUGUUAAGUCAAAAGGAGCUGUUAGUGUUUCAUUUCCUGAUUGUUUUUACUAUGAUUAGAUAAAAGACACUUCUCAGUAAACUGGUUCAGGAUUUUUAAGAGAACAGGGAUUAGGCUAUUAACUGGGAAGAUCUACCUGCCUUGGUUCUAACUAGACUAAGAGACUUAUCAUGCCUAGCUUUAAGGACCCUAAACUAUUAGGAUUUGCAAAGGCACCUGACUCCACCUUAGUAACACAUUUGAAUCCCACCCUUAGGGACUUUAGAAGGGGGGAGAGGCCAGUUUCAGGGGGAAUGGCUGCCCAAGACACUUUGUAGAGGGAAUCUGAAGAUGGGCUUACUUGGCUACCAACAGGCAGACAGUAAGUUCAAGGCAGGGUCUGCCAACAACAUUUUGGUACCGGAGGAGGGGAGCUCAAAUGAUGCCCCCAUAUCCCCUCGCUUGGGCCAAAACUUGGAAAGGUCUCAAUUCUGCUUUCUUGCUGUUCUCCUCCUCUCAU